GGCUAAGGUCCGGAGCGGAGACUGCUCCCGGCAUUCCUCGCGGGUGUAGCGUGGGCUCCCUUCCCCCAUUUCCGGGUCCCAGGAGAGGGAGACCGUGGGGUCUUGGAGAGAGUCUUGAGGUUCCGCGGCUCGGUGCUGUGCUAAGAAUGGCAGGCCAUCCCGGGCAGUGAACUGCUGGCCUUGGGGUAGCAGGGAGCAGAGAAAAGAUAAGUGACCAGCAUCACGGCCUGCUUUCUAGGGAGCCUUUUGGGUUGAAGACAUUAUCAGUAGUAGGAUUAGCUGGAGAUCUGUCAUCAUUGUUUCAGCCCGAUGAGACCUCGAAGUAGAGACUUGUGUGCCUGAAGCAGAGGUCUGAGACACAGUGUUUGUGCGUCUUAAGUUCAUCCAGGACUAGGGUGUCUCUGCUGUCCAGCCCUACCCUUGAGCACGCAGUGAAUUCUUUGCAAACCUGUGUUGCAAGCAACAUGGCCCAGGGCUUGAUUGAAGUGGAGCGAAAGUUUGCUCCGGGGUCUGACACGGAGGAAAGGCUGCAGGAGUUGGGGGCCAUCUUGGAGCACCAGGUCACCUUCCGAGACACCUACUAUGAUACCUCUGAGUUAAGCCUCAUGCUGUCUGACCACUGGCUGCGGCAACGAGAAGGCAGUGGAUGGGAGCUCAAAUGUCCUGGAGUAGCUGCUAUCUCAGGACCUCACAAUGAGUAUGUGGAACUCACGUCGGAGCCUGCCAUUGUGGCCCAGCUCUUUGAACUGCUGGGGUAUGAGGAGCAGGGGCCCGCAGACGUGACUGCUGUCCUGGCUCCGCUGAAGCUGCAGGAAGUAGCUAGUUUUAUAACUACACGAAGUUCCUGGAAGCUGGCGGUAUCUGGAGCCCCUGAACAGGAGCCAUUGCUCAGAGUGGACCUAGAUUCGACAGACUUCGGCUAUGCUGUGGGUGAGGUAGAGGCCAUGGUGCAUGAGAAAGCCGAAGUCCCAGCUGCUCUAGAGAAGAUCAUCAGCGUCAGUAGCAUGCUUGGUGAGGGAGACAGGCCUUUCUGUGCUCAGCAGUAUGCGUGGCGUCCCAGCACAGGAGAAGGUGCCUGCCAAGCUCCUGGUAUACCUACAGCGCUUCAGGCCUCAGGACUAUCAGCGCCUGCUAGAAGCGAACAGUUCCGGUGAGGCCACAGAGGACUCAACAUCCUGAUGGCACCUGUUUAUGGGAGCAGGGUUUGUUUUCUAGAAGGGAAGGAGCCCUGAAGCCACCAUCCACACCCAGACCCACUGUGCCCCUUACAAGAGCCGCUUUUUUCUCCAGCUCUGCCUGGUUUCUCACCCAUUCUUAGCUACCCUUCCUGGAGGCCUCUCUCACUGUUUCCAUCAUCCGUCAGAUGCAAUCUGUGGGCCGCCCCUCUCCCCUGGCCGCUAAGCAGCCUCCAUUGAUUUCCGCUCGUGUUUAUAGGAUUUCCACUUAGCCGUGAUCAGUAGUUAAGCACAGGAAAAUCCCUUGCCACCCCCCUCCCUUGGUCGAUGCCAUUGAUUCUGCCAGCGGCUCUGAAGCCGCCUUACAGCUGAGUUAGAGAUGAGGGGAAGCAGCAGGGAUUUCCCUGCCUUGGGGUGUACGGAAUAGCAACAAGGUGGGGAAAAGGUUGGGAACUCCUAUUAGAAACCUGGAAAUUCUGCUGAGUCUGCCACUGUGCCCAGAGAGUAGAGUGUCCUAUGUGGCAGUUUAACAACCCAGAGAGGGGUAGAAAGAAAAUUGUCAUUGUUGAGACAGGUUUCUAGGGUUUCACACAGCCUUUCUUCUGCAGAGAAGGCUCUACCCUCCCUCCCGCACAUUUUCUUUCUCAACUAGGUCAAAAUAUGCUUUUCUGCCCACCUCAGGCUACAUAGACUUUCAUUAUUUGUUGGGGAGGAGGCAGCGGCUUCAGAGUACCUGCCGUGACAAAUACAGGGCCAGAGUGCCACCUGCUGGUGGCCCUCAGGGCUGUGUCCCAAGCUGAGGGUGCAGAAGGACUUGAGGUGAGCUGAGGCAGUUCUGAGGCAGCAAGUUGAGGGAACAGCUUAGCAGCCUAGAACUCCACUUGGCUUGAGCUGUGCACACCUCUCAUCUAACUGCCACUCGGCACCCCAGGAUCCUCACCUGCGUGUACACCCAUCCUUCUAACAGCGCACCUCGGACCCCCACCUGUAUUGAACUGCAUUUAUAUCCCACUCCAAACAAUGGAAUAACCCCCCCCCCCCCCCAGCAGCCCUUCUGUGGACAGUUUUUAUUGAGGCAUUUUAGAAUAUAGUCCAGUAUGGAAAUCGGGGAGCUGAUUGGGCCUAGAUGGGUUUUGGGUGCAAGCAGAUUAAGGGAAACGGUGUUCUUUCCGUGAACUUUUAGGGGGAACCCCCUGUUUACCGUCCUAUUCUGCCUAUGCAGAAUGAGUUAACAUAUGAUUAAAGCCAGAUGUUUCAUGGAAGAGUCAUUCACAGUGAGAAAAGGCUUACAGAGUCCAAGCCCGUCAAUCAAAAUAGAGAACCAGUCAAAUUAUGCCACUUAGCAACCAACUCCUUCCCCUAAGACCCUAUUAAAAAAACACCAGGCAAUAACCCUGGGCCAUUGAGUACCGUGGUCAUUGCUUGUUUGUAGUACACUUCUGGUUUGUAUGAUCACUUUUCCUUUAAAUAAAGUUUACUUGCCACUUUGCAA